CAUCCUCCUUUUCCUCCCCUCGUUGCCCUCCUCUCUCCAUCGCCACCUUUCCCACUUCCCGCUUGCCCAUCAACAUCGUCUAACCAUGUCGUUUGUGGCAGCCUUUAACUUCAUCUUCAGACCUUUGUCCGACUUUCACUCCCACAUCACCGCUCCCAUAAAGUACGCCCGGGGUAUUUGCACCGCGGAAGCCUCGCAUUCGGCUAAUCCCACCGAGGAUCAUCUUUCCGGAAGCGAAGAGUCUACUUCCGGCUCCGACUCCGACAGUGACAUCGAGGACAAGGAUCUCGGAAUCUGUUGGCAGACCAGGCACAAACAUCUCCCACGGUCACUUGCUAUAUCUCCACCCCGCGCGACGACCGAGUCUGCGGAUCGUGGAGGUUUAGCUGAGGAUCUCGAGCCCACUGAUCUUACCUUCACUACAAAUCUACACACAAAACCCGCACCCGGGUUCUUUGGGUUUCCCCCCAAAAAGACAUCCUUCGCUAUCCCAUUCGUCAGCGGUCUCCAAUCCAAACUUUUCACCGUCACUGGUAUUAGCGCUUUCAGUGGUCCGGGAGGAGACAACACGGCCGAAGGCCAGUUGUUGGGCGAAUCGUUUCGUAGCUCUGCGAAAAAUACCGCUUCCCCCAAGGUUACUGGUUCUUCUGUCUUGCCUUCACCUUUCAAGCCAUCUCAUAACUCUCACUCUGCUAGCGCAGCCGGUUUGUCUCCCUGAUAGUAUCAGAUAGUUACAUAAGCUAACUCUCUGCAAGUUUCCGCUUCUCCGAGAUCUCGGUUAGCUUCGACUUUUUGUCAAUUCUGCAGAUCGCAACCUUCAUCCGUCCCCAGAACUCACAGCUCAGGCCACCCACCUACCGUCAUUGGCACCGCCCCUACGAAAGGCCCCUUCGACAAUUUUGUCAACCUGCCACCCCCUCUUCCCUCAGACCAACUCUAUACAACCCUACCCCGUUCAGUCCCACACCACCAAUCAACUCUCAGAGCUGCUUGUACCCCCGCGCUCGACAUCGAAAUGGCGGACCCCACCGUCACCAGCUCUCCCAAGCCCACAGCCGCCACUCCGAAAAACAUCCCCUGGAACCGCGUCUAUGAAAUCCACACUUCCCAGCUGCAUGGUCAUCUCCGUUUCCUUAAGCUCCUUGCAGCAAACAAGGGCCAUUCACAACCCCUCACACAGUGCAUCUCCCGCGCAGAGACCCUCCUCAAAGAUGCCACUGCGGCUGCCGCCGCGUCUGGAAUUUCCACAGCCGGACCGGUCCCAGCGAAGCCAGAGAAGCGCCGACGCUCUGUACGCUUCGAAGACGAAGUAACCAAACAGGCCAAACCCGAAAAGAAGACUAAAACGGCACACAAACCGAUUCGAAGACCGAAAAUGCGACAUGCGAAGCCUUCCGAGGCGCGGAUCGCCGCAUUAUUCAGCACGCUAGGAAAGAGGGCGCGGGAUGAGUCUAGUGAUUCUGAUAAUUCUAGUGUCGGGGACGCCGCCGAAGGCGAGAGGGUUAUCAGGAAGAAGAUCAGAAAGGAGUAUUACACUCCUGGGAUGGUCCUGGAAUUUGAGAGUAGUGAUGAUGAGGAUGAUGAGGAGUUUGUUCCUUCUAGUGAGGCGGAGGAGGAAGAGCUGGGGGGGGCUGAUGGUGACAGUGAUAAGGAUGGAGAUGCAGACGGGGGGGAACAAGACCCUUCCCCCUCGCCAGAGGUGGACCGGAGGAGGGCUAUGGAUGGGGGCGCGGGAGGCAAGCGCCCUGUAGAUAAGGACGUCAAUAAGAAGCGUGUUGCCAGAGAAGACGUCGAGCACGACGCCGCCGCAGCCAAAGACGUACCCGAGACCAACAAAAAACGCAAAAUCGUCGUUGUCAGCUCUCCGAAGCGGGCCGUGCCCUCGACGCAGGAAGGGGAGGAAGCUGGCAGGGGGAAGAAGGUUAGGCCCUCGUAGGGGAUGUUGUUUAAUAUGAGUGGGUUGCGGGAUCGGGGGGCGUGAGACGGGAGCGGCGGAAAAUUGAAACGUUCUCAUGACAUGAUGUUUUUCCUUGUUUUUGUUUUUUCUGUACGGAAUUGGGCCACGGGAUGGGAUGGCGAGAUGAUACCCCGUGGGAAACUUGAUGCGAUUACUGGCGCAAUGAUGUAUGCUCUCCUGUAUGGUACCCGCCUCCUUCACAUACCUCUCUUUUAGUGUGAAGCCGGGAGCCUCUCCUUUCCUCGAUUCUACCGCGCACAUUCAAAGGGCCGCAACGCAACAGGAGGUUGCCGGAAAAAUAAAUAAAUAAAGUUGGUGGCCGUCAUAGCGUGAGGGAAUUUUUGUAUAAUACUCCUUCGAAUAUCCGAUGCUUCUACUCACGCCCAUUCAAGCGUUACUGUAGCAUAAUACAGCGGUGGCUAUCCAGAGUUUCCCCCGCUGGAUUAGGAUUGGACAAGGCGAAGAUCCUUAUUCAACGCUCUUCAACCCCAGCUUGGCUGCGCAAACACUUCGCCAACAUAAGCUACCACCGAAGUUACACAACACCGUGAAAGCAACAAACCACUUUGUGGUAAAUAAACCUUACAAAGUCUAUCGCGGGAGCGUGCUCGGCGCAUAACGUCCGACAUCGGCUCGAGAGGAUCAGGGACGCGACGAGUGAGAGUGGGUGAUCCUCCUUUCGGUGGUGGGCAGUGCGUUGACUAGCGACUAGUAAAGGCUCACUCGAGACCUUGAGCGU